AUGGAUACGACCCCGCACCCACCAGUGACCCUCCCGGCUGCGGGCGAGGAGCUCUCGGGGGUGUUCCAGAAGUUGAAAAAGGCUGAGUGUCACUUCAUCAACGGCACCGAGCAGGUGAGGUUCAUGGAGAGAUUCAUCUACAACCGGCAGCAGUACGCCCACUUUGACAGCGAUGUGGGAGUCUAUGUGGGGGACACCCCGUAUGGGGAGAUCCAAGCCAGGUACUGGAACAGCCAACAGGACUUGCUGGAGUACAGACGGGCUGCAGUGGACUGGUUGUGCCGGAAAAUCUACGAGGUGUCCACCCUGUUUUUGGUAAACCGCAGAGGUGAGCGCGGGGCAGAGCGGGUCCCCUCGGGAAUUCCCCUGCCCCGGGAACGACCCUGGAGCCCCUGA